AGCUGCUGCUGCUGCCGCCGUCGCGUGGAGCCGCAGAUGGAGCCUCCCCCUGGCGCAGCAGAAAGUUCUAAGCUGAGACAUGUAGAAAAAGAUAUUUUGAUUCCACAAAUAAUGAGGGAUCGGGCCAAGGAGCUGUGUUCAGAUAAAGUGCAAGCAUUUACUAAAUGCUGUCAAGAAACUGGUCUUCUUAUGGUGGUGAAGUGUCGGCAAGAGAACACAGCACUGAAAGCCUGUCUGGUUGGCUACUAUUCUGAUCCAUUGUUCUAUGAAGAAUGCAAAACAGAAUAUUUGAAGCAAAGAGAAGAAUACAGAGCAACUGGAAUUAAGAAGAAAAGACAGAAGCUUACUUCAAAUGUGUAGUUAAAACUUAAAGUGAACUUUCCAAAUUUUAUAUCCAACUUUGAUUUGACUUGAUUUAAACAGACUUAAAUCAUCUGUACCCCUCUGUGUGGACUAUAACUGAAAUACACAAAAUGAUAUGAAUGGAGAAUAAAAUAAUCUCUGAACUUAAA